AUGGCUCGUCAAUUAUCAUCAGUCAUUCUGGUUGCUUUGACUUUGACCACUGCCCUGGCGGAAAACUUCCCAUCUCGCACAUCGGCGCCAUCUGACUGCCCCCAAGCCGAUCAGGGGUGCUGGUGCCAAAACACCUUUGCACAAUGUUGGAGAACGUACGACCAAUCAAGAUUAACGGAAGAAAUUGGGAGCAGGAUUACUCGAUUAGAGUUGUUGUACCAGCCAAACGAAGAAGUUGUGACCUACAUAAGACGUAUGAGCGCCUUGAGGGAAAUAAGAAUUUCAGAAGACGGAAUGAGCUUAGACUGUUCUUGUGACCUUGUAGACGCCAUGGAUGAUAAAGGGAUAACACUCGUCAACCAGGAUGAGCUCGAGAUCAGUAACUGCCGCCAGCAGGGUUGGUCACGUGAUACAAUGACCGCCCGCCCUUUCCUUAUCGAUUGCCGCCGUUUUCGCAUCCAAGACGACGACAGACGUAAGAGGAGAGAAGCUGAUCAAGACAGUGACGAUGUCAGCAAAAGGGCAAGUCCUCGGAAAGGCGACAAACCAGCUGGACACAAGCUCAAAGAUCUUGCUCCUAAAGACACGCAUCACCUUGUCAGCAUCGAUGAUGUCGAAAAACACCCCGCUACCGAUUUCUUCAACUUCAUCUCGGGACAUCGUCGGACUCGACGUUCAACAGAUACCAACAAGGAAGUCUCGGACGAUUCUGGACGAAGCGCUCGUAAAAAGCGUUACGGCAACAUGAACUAUCCACAACCGAUGAAUCAACCAAUGGGCGGUGGUAACUACCCUGGACAACCACCGCAACAAAAUUACGCUCCUCAAGCAAUGGGUGGACCAGUAGGUGGAGGUGGCAUGGGUGGAGCGGUGGGUGCAGGAGGCAUGGGUGGACCCGCCGGUGGAGCUAAUGGCAUUGGUGAAUCAGUUGAAGAUGAAAUGUCAGUCGAUUCUGAUUACAGUAGCUUAGAAGGUGAAACAACAAUCAGUGCAAAAGUUAUGCAGGACAUUAAGGCGGUGCUCGGUGCCACGAAGAUUGACUUACCAGUUGACAUCAAUGACCCCUACGAUCUUGGACUUUUGCUACGCCAUCUCAGGCAUCAUUCGAACCUUCUAGCGAAUAUCGGGGACCCUGAGGUCAGGGAACAGGUCCUCAGUGCGAUGCAGGAGGAAGAAGAGGAAGAGGAAAACGAUGCCGCCAAUGGUGUCAGGGAGAAUGUCUUGAACAACCUGAACGCAAAUGCACCUGGACAAGGGGGCUAUGGUGGCACUCAGGGAGGGACGUAUGGCGGGCAAGGUGGGGGCGUGAUGGGCAAUCAAGGAAUGGGUGGACAAGGUUACAAUCAGGGUUAUAUGCAAGGGUAAACCUUCCGUCACAUACCGGAAAUGCGGAUCAGUCUCAAGACGUUUGCAAGAUGAAGAGACUGUCGUCCUUUAAAAUGAAAAUCAUUAUUUCAAUUGGCUUCCCAUUUUCUAUUUAGUGGAGGAACAGAAGCAUACGUUUUGCCUUGUCUCCAAAGUCAACCCUGAAUUAGAACGACAUUAACCAGUUGGCUAUUGGAACCGGGUGGCCCUAGUACAAAUCUUUGGUCAGUUAUAGAAUUCAGUAGUCAAAAGGUUAACAUAAUUAGUGGGAUGACGGAGAUGUGAUAAAUAUAUUGCUACAAAAGUAAGACGGGAUUAUGGUACAGGAUGCUGGUGGGAGCACUAAUGAUUACAAGGAAAUUAUGAGAAAGUUCAUCACAUUUAAAAAGGAAGGACAGAUAAUGAAUGGUGGGUGCGGGAUAUAAAAGCAAGUUUUCGCGGGGACGGAUUCUACAACAUAGAAAAUCUUUGGGAAAUGCCCAUUAAAUCAAAUUAACAGCUGAAGGGUUUUAGUCGAAAAUUGGUGAACAGGGGCAGCUGAUCGUCGUAUGAUUAUGAGCUGACAAGAAAUUGCAAAUAUGUUGAUUGAAUAUGAAUUUAAUACCAAACAUCACUGUCAGGUACAAUUACAUGGAAAAGUACAUCACAUAUGAAUAAAACAUUUAGUAAUUGGAGCUAAAAGAAUAGCAAGAUGCUAAUCGAGGUCCAGAGUCCAGUACGAAAUUUGGUACUUUGAUUUUUCAACGAUUUUCGGCAAAGACUGAUUUGUCAUGAAGGGCUUUUGCGAGUCGAUUUUCUAUGCUGUAGAAUCCGUCCCGUCGCGAUUGCGAAAACUUUCUAAUGACAUGGAGCGGACAAAUUGAUAUCCAAUGUGGUUUCAUUAUUGCAAUCAUUGUACUGUAUGAACACUGUGUAAUGACGAUCAUUGUACGAUGGUGGAUAUUUUUGUGUUGCCUUGAGUUAUCGAUAAUAAACAUGGAUACAAUUUUC